AUGAACAUGGAUAUUAUUCUGCCGAGCAAGAAGAAAAUGAGCUUAGAACAUGAUUUACCACGCCCCACAACAAAUCAACUGCUCUUCAUGUACGUGUGGAAACAUACGCGUUUUAAAUGCGUGCACGUUAAGAACAUGAAUGCAGGAGAUGAUCAGAAAGAAAUUUUUCAAAAUAGCGACUUCCGUGUCAGACUAAUUGAAAUACUUCGAAAGUCUUCAAAAUACUUCAAACGUUUUCAAAGUACUUCAAAAGUCUUGAAAAUAUUUAAAAAUACUCCGAAACAUUUUGAAACGUAUGGAAACACCAGCAGUAGCAUCAGAUUGCACGGGCAUAUGUUUGAUGUCUUUGCUGGAAUGACGAAGUUCAAACAAGACGUCGCUGAGCUUUUUCGUGAACAUUUAUUUAUACAAAACGUCACAACAACAAAACAUUCAACAAAACCGAAUGGUUAA